CUAUCUGGAGCUUUGAAGACAUUCAGUCUCUGAAAACUGAUUACCUGGAAGAAUCGUUCAGGAGGCGCAUCAACAAGUUGAAGGAAGAUGUUAUGGUGAUACUAGAAGAAAAAGAGAUGGACAAGGUUCCUUUACAACAACUCGAGCUCAUUGAUACGUUGCAAAGGCUUGGAUUAUCUUACCAUUUUGAGAAUGAAAUCAACAGAAUUUUGGAGAAAGUAUACACAAAUAAUCAAGGUUAUUCUUAUGGCUUAGAGAGAGAUAGUUUAUACAUGGCUGCGCUUGAAUUUGGAAUCUUAAGACAACAUGGGUACAGAGUACCUCAAGAGAUAUUCAAAAGUUUCUUAAAUGAGAGUGGAAACUUCAAGGCUUGUCUCAACAAGGAUUGCAAAGGAAUGCUAUAUUUGUAUGAAGCUUCAUUCCUUUCAUUAGAAGGUGAAAGUACACUGGAUGCAGCUAGAACUUUCGCGAGAAAGUAUCUUAGUGAAUAUGUCAAGUUAAACGAAGGCAAAAAUCCUUACCUUUCAACACUAGUGGAGCAUGCACUGGAGUUUCCACUCCGUUGGAGAAUGCCAAGGAUGGAAGCAAGAUGGUUCAUUGAGGUUUAUCAACGAAGUCCAGAUAUGAGCCCCCUCUUGCUUGAUCUUGCCAAGCUGGAUUUCAACAUGGUGCAAGCGAUGCACCAAGAAGAUCUAAAACAUGCCUCAAUGUGGUGGAAGAGAACAGGUCUUGGACAAAAUUUGGGGUUCAUCAGGGACAGAUUGAUGGAGAAUUUCUUAUGGACUACAGGAGUAUUGUUCCAACCUCAGUAUGGAUAUUUUAGAAGAAUGGUCGCACAAGUAGCUGCACUAGUAACAACAAUAGAUGAUGUUUAUGAUUUAUAUGGAACCUUGGAUGAACUUGAACUUUUUACUGAUGCCAUUGAAAGGUUUGUGCUUAGUAGUGGCUUUUAUUUGAACUUAAUAAUUUCUUUCAUGCUUCAAUUGUUCUAUCGGAUUUCAGAUGGGAUAUCAAUGCAACAGAGCAGCUCCCAGACUAUAUGAAGUUAUGCUAUUUUGCGCUGCACAACUCCAUGAACCAAAUUGCUUCGGACAUUUUUCAGAAACAAGGAAUAAACAUCCUUCCUUACU